AAAUGUAAAAAUAAAUAAAUUAUCAAAUGAAUAUUAAUUAUUUUUACAAUUUUAAUUGAUUAAUUUACCUUUAAUUAUUUUAUUGACGUCUAAACAGAAACUCGUUCUAUUAAGGAAGAAAAACUCCAGAAACACUUGUAUAAUAUUCAACUAUGUCGUAGUAUUGUUACAGCAUAAUUUCUCGUCUUACUAGAUUUUUUAGAACAGGCACCAAUAUUGUAAAAUAGUUCGUUACGCAGUUAACAAAUCUUCUUAUUGUGUGAAAAUGUCAGAUGCUUGUUAUAAGAUUAAAGACAUACGGGCCUUAUUAAUUUGUUUAUAAAAUCUCCACUCGUAAUCUUUCGUUUACGUAUCGUAAAUCUCCAUUUCUAUGAUUCAAUGAUUGUUAAACGAAGUGAUUGGUGACAGUUAUUGUAAAUAUAAAAAGGGAGGUUAUUAUUGCAAAAUAAUACAAAAUUGCACAGCUGCGAUCAUUUUUGCAUACCGCGUUCCGGAAGUCUGACACGAUUGCAGCAAUUUGAUAAUGUGCUUAUAUACCAGUCCCAACAUUCUCCCCACAGAACAAUUAUGCACAUUUGAUUGCAUUUCGUGCUAGCUAUCAAAUAAAUGAUUGAGCUUUUUUUGUUUUCGUAAUGUCAAGGGAAAAAAAUAUAUCUAAAAAACAUCAAACAAUGACCUAUUUUGAAUAUUUGCAUUAAUAUUUUCAAUUUCUAUUCUUUUCUAAUUGUCGUUCGCGUAGUUUAAAUAGAACAGUAAAUAAGUAUGAGAAAGUCGAAAAUCAUUAAAUACGCGUGACAGAAUGAUAUACAACGCCUUGAAUGCGAGUUUCUUUGAAAUACCCAUAGAACCAGGGAAUACUAAAUUAAAUCUUUCUACGAUCUGAUAACUUUUCGUAGUGACAUGGAAUAGAAAAUUAAGCGCGUUCAGCUUGAAGGUCGUACACCCUCGAAGAAAGGGGACAAAGAAAUUGUCUCGAAACGGCGUUAUGUGUUUUCAGGGGCUGGCUAUUUGGUUUCGACUCCAGCGUUUAAUUAAAAUACAAUGACUAUACGAUUCGAUAAUGUUUUUGACGGGGGAAAUUGCUUUCAUCAGUCUACUUGUAUUUUGCGCGGGGUUUAGUCGGAUUGGAAGACUCUGGGUAGUGACUUAAACAAUCAAUCGAAAGCCAUUGUUUGUAACUUUUUACCUUCGAAAAAUUCAAUACGUUUCACCUUUUAACAUUUGUGUGUGUGUGUGUGUUUUCUUCCUUUCGUUUAUUUUUAUUUCUUGUUUCUUUCGUUUUCACUGCGUUGCCAAUGAUUCACAAAACUCGAUAGCAAGCAUAAGAAAACUGGAUGAUUUAAAAGCUAACAAACGUUUAGAAAGUAUUUGCUCAGAAAGAGGAAUUUGGUUUGAUUUUUUUAUCAACGUUGGUUGAAUCAACUUUAUCAUUUCGGGAUUUCACUUCGAUCUUAUGAAGUUUUUGUGACAGACGUUAGUUGGAGUCCCAUUAAUUAUUUAGUGAUAGCAAUAUGGCGACGUUGAUACGACGAAUCUAUCAAGGGUACCGUUACAUUAACGAGGAACUAACAGAUCCUCGAACGCAAGACUAUUUCCUCAUCGGAUCACCAUGGGGAUGCUUUAGUAUAGUAGCGUUUUAUCUAUACUUCGUGCACGUCCUGGGACCCAAUAUUAUGGCAAAGAGAAAACCGUUCAAUCUGAAUAGAAUCCUACAGAUAUAUAACCUAAUACAGAUAGUAUCGUGCGCAUAUAUAUUUUAUAAGGCAUUGGUACUAGCCUGGUUGUUCCAUUAUAACUUCUACUGUGAACCAGUAGAUUAUUCAGAUGAUCCUCGUGCGGUCGAGAUAACUAGGAUCGUUUGGUCGUACUUUCUGAUGAAACUCCUCGACUUACUGGACACGGCCUUCUUUAUUCUUCGAAAAAAGCAACAGCAAGUGUCAUUUCUUCAUGUUUAUCAUCACACGGGCAUGGCUUUUGGUAGCUGGGCAGCCACCAAGUUUUUGCCCGGCGGUCACAUUACCUUUUUAGGUACUUUAAAUUCUUUCGUUCAUAUGGUGAUGUACACUCACUAUCUGGCUACAUCGCUGCGAAUAAGCAAACCCUGGUGGAAGAAAUAUGUGACGCAACUGCAGCUCACUCAAUUCUGUUUAAUAACGAUCCACUUCGUAAUGUUAGCCUGGGUGGAAGAUUGUGGUUUCCCGAAGUGGACGGCGGCGGUGAUGAUUCCUCAGAAUCUCUUCAUGUUGACGAUGUUCGGCGACUUUUACUAUAAGUCAUACAUCAAAAUGCGAAAGAGCCGCGAAAACGGCGUCUCCUCAGACGUCUCGAAUGGAAAGUUGAAGAGUCAAUAGCUACGUCCUGUGCGCCCGGAACGGUUUAACGUUAUUUCGUGUUUUCGACGCGCCAGGCGGCCCAUCAAGUACUCGCGCGAGGAAUAUUUCUUUCUUUAUGAGACAAUAGCAAUUUAGCGCUUCAUACUCUAGACUUUAGACACUUAUUAACACCUAAUAUCUCAUGCGUGUCGACGAAGGCCGAACAACGAAAGGACAGACAUAAAUGACAAUUUAAAAAUUCAAUUUGAAUUGUUCUGCCAAAGAUAAGGUUUACCUUAUUAUAAGAAGAUUUAAUGAAAGUCAUUCGAGUUCUAAAGCAUUUCUUCAUAUACACGCAAACACAGAAUCUUUUCGUUGUAUGGUUCACGGAACGCUUAUUCUCGGUUUCAUCUUUGUAUUUAAGUCACUUAUCAUCUUCGUUACUUACUUCAUUAAUUAUUCGCAAAAAAGAGCAUUUAACUCCAAUGACCUUGACCUUGAGAUCUGUUGUGGAGGAGGCGCUACCUGAGUAACAUACACUUUGUCCGAGGCGUAGAACGAUUAUGGUUCAAGCAAAGUUUGAUUAAGUUAGACUUUUUUUGGGGGGCUUAGACCGCCAGCUACCCAUAAAAUCUAAUCUAACCAUACCUUACUAGGAUUAAUUACUAGAAUACUUUAUUAAGAUAGCAAUCCUAUGCAAAUGAAUGUGAAAUUUAAUUUGUAACUGGUUAUAUUGGAGUACAUAUAAUCUAACAAUUACCAUUUUCUUUUUGUCAUAGUUUUCGACUCACUAUUGUUCUUAAACUCGGACAAAGUGCACGUUACUUACAGUCAUCCACUCUACAACAUAUCCGAAAUUGAAAUUCAAGAAAAACGAAAAAAAGAAAAAUGAAAAAAUGAAAUUCGACAGGAUUGGAGUUGAGGUCCCCUUUUGUGCAUAAUUACCCUUACUUCUACCAAUCCAUGACGAUUGCAGCGCAAGCUUUAGCAAAUAUAUGCGUAAUUCGUAUUACUAUCAUCUUUCCUGUUGGACAGUACGACAGAGAUAAAUUAUCGAUGAUAUGACGUUUGCGCUGGAAGCAAAUUUGUAACACAGAAGCAAUAAAAUAAAAUAAGUCUGUUCCACGACGAUCGCGUAGCGCGCGUGUUAUGAAUAAUCAAUUACUUUACUUUUAUUUUAUUUCGGAUCGAUCAAUAUUGCCUUGUAAAUAAAUAAUCGAAUCCCGUACAAAAGAAAGGAGAAAGAGAAGAUAAUGCAACAUAAAAGUGUUCAGUAGUUUUCGAGGAUGCACAAACACAUUCAAGGACAUUCGAGGUUGCACAAGGUCGCACAAGGUCUCUUGCGCAAUGGUCUAAUUUUGAACAUAAUACGUACAUGUAUACAUAAUAUAAACACAAUAAGUGUUUGAAGUGAAAAUAAUACAUUACGUCAUAAA